AUGUCGUCAGCUCUCAACAUCUUCACGGAGUCCUAUUAUUCGCAGGUUCUGUCUAUGACUGCCGCUUUCCAGAUCCCAGAUUUCCAAUUAGAUUAUUUCUGUUUCCCAGUGUCCAGACUUACAGUGGAGCAUCAGGAAUCAUCAGAGUCCCUUCCAACGGUGCAGUUCUCUGAGGAUAGCCCAUCCUCCUCUUCUCUGAGCAGUAAAACACCUGACUCUGAUACCCAGCUGGUACAAGAGCCAUCAAAUGGGGCAGAGCUGGUGGAGUUCUGGAUGAGGAUGGAGAGGAUGCGGAAACUCGACGAGACUGACAUCAACCAGCAAGACCAGUACUUUGCUCAAUUCCGCACGAUACAGGCUGCUCACCUGCAAGAGGGCUCCGUUGUGCUGUCCACCUGUGGAGGUUUUACUGAAGACAUUCCACUGUCAAAAUCAAAGGAACCCUUUCGCACCAGGAGGGAUUUUCUGGUGAAGCUGCAAAAGCGGGUCUUGGAGAAACUAAAAGGUUACUGGUUGCCUCGUUUCCUGACACACUGCAAACAGAGCCUGAGAAAGGUGAAGGAGUACAGUGUCAUCAUCCGAGAGUACCAAGGAAAGACUUCAGAAAACCAGUCACCUUCCCCCGUCCUAACAAUGAGCAUCACACAUAGAGGAGGCAUUAUGCAGCCCUACUUCACCAAGGCUCACAAGCGUCUCCUGUGGAGGCUGCCUGAUUGCGAGGGCAAACACGUGAAGACACACAACUUCAAAGCAAAGGAGCAACGGGACAGUUGCCAGGCUCAGCCAGGGAUAACUGCCCCCAAGUCCACUCUGCGUAGUUUCCCCAAGCAGGAUGAAUCGUGGUUCUCUCCCCAGGCACCACAACGUGUUCCUUGCUCUUUAGCAACUAAAGAUAAAGGGGCAACGAACAUGCAGAGUGAAUAUGUCUUCCCACAGUUGGGCUCCUCUAUCCCGCUCAUCAAAGCACCUUCAAUGUUACAGUGUCAGAGGUUUCCAGAGAUGCCCCAGCACUUCAGGUACCUCCAUUGGGCCUUUAAUGCCGACCUGCUGGCAGGCAAACCAUUUGCAGCCUUCCUGAGGGUGAGUGGUAACCUCUCCAAACUCCAGUACCUGUGCCUCUGGCAUGAAAUGGGCAACUUCCUGAACAUUGUGCUGAGUGUGAAGGACAGAGCCGGGUAUCUGCUCAGGAAGAUCGUGGCUGAGAAGAUUGUUGAAGUGUACCUAACAGAGAGUAGUAACCAAUAUACCAAGCUGCAGGUAGCAACUACUGAGAACCUCAAGACCCUCCUCCCCUCAGGUCAGGUCAUUCCGUGGAUCUUUGCCGCCCAGAAGGAGAUAUGUGAGACACUCCAAGAAACAUAUGACGAGUUUCUGGAUGAAGAGGAUAAGAUUUUCCUUAAUCUUGUGGCUGGGAGUGAACCCAAUGAUCCAAGCAGCUGGACAGAGUGCAAGAAGUUGCCAACACCUACGACAGAUGCUGAAGACCUGCUCAUCAGGAGGAUGGCACGGGCACUACUGCUGAGCCAGGCCUGCACUGCCGUAAGCAACUCUGAGAGCCUGACUGAUGAAGACUGGAAGUUGCUGGUCACUGAGGACACAGCCAAUCUCAGCUCCAUGCUGAUGCUCCCAAAGCCAUCAGCAGAAGAUGUGGAUAUUAAGAGCAUGACCUUUGAGGAGCUUGCACUGAAGUAUCCAAAACUUGCAGUUGAGGAGCUGAGCAAGAACUUUCAUCAAUAUUAUAAGAAAAUGGUUCUACUUGGUCUACUAAACAAAGAGAUCUUACGAGAGGAGCUGUGGAAAAAGCUGAACAUGGGACAUCUGAAACUUGGGGACAAGAUCCUGACCAGACUUAAAGGAAUUCCCAGGAAACUGGCAGAUGUGCUGACAGAUCCGAUUGGAAUACAUUUUUUCCGGAGGUUCCUAGAAAUCUAUGAUGCAGAAUCUCCACUGCAGUUCUGGCAGGCAGUGGAGAACCUCCAAAACCUCACCACUGCCAACGAGAGAAAAUUCUACACCAACUGGGUUAUUAAUAACUUCUUCAACAAAAAUAUCAACCCAGUCAUAGCUGUUGUGGUGUCUGUGGAAGUGAUGCAGUGGAAGAUUAAAUUUGGAGAUGACAGUGAGCUCGAGGAGAGCUGCAGUAUUCAGCAAUGGUUUGAACUCUACCUGAAAACAUACCCAGCAGAAUCCCAAUAUCACAAGGACUCCUCUAUACAUACCUUCAGGUCUAUCCACGUCCUCAGUCAAACGAACCGAGCAUGGAAGGAGCUGCAGAAGGUGAUCAAAAUGAUAAUACUGUUCCUGCGCAUGAUAAAGACUCCACACGUGUGCCAAAUGUUUGAAAGCUACCUGCGUGAUGAAGUGUACAAUGAUGAGGAAAAUAUGACCGCAUCUCACAAUCAGUCCACGAUACCUUCUGUGGCUAACUCAUUGAUAGUCCGAGUGUCUGAAUAUGGAGAGGAUGCUGAGGUGCCCCAGAUAAGAAAGCGAGUUGUGUGCAGUCGACAUAUCAUCGUCAACUACUUAGUGAAUGACCUGCACUUCUGCAUGGAAAUCCAGCAGUAA